AAAAUACUUUUAAUCGAAACAAGAAUUCUUCGAGUAAGGUUGUGACAGUUAAUUUAAGUAAAGAAAGAACUAAAAAAACAGUAAAGUGCUGUAAAAACAAAUAACAAACAUUCCUAUCGUACUGAAAUUCUGAGAAGAGGCAACUAAUGGAUGUUAUAGUGAUAGGAUGUGGUGCGUCCGGUUUGGCAGCACUGAGGCGGCUGCACGAAGCCGGCCUAAAGGUCCUCGGUUUAGAGGCUGAUGACAGGAUCGGCGGUAGAAUACGCACCGUGCAAUUCGGGGAGUGCGCGUUGGAUUUAGGCGCGGCCUGGUGUCAUGGGGAAAAAGAUAACGUUGUAUUCGAGCUGGUUAAUCCGUUAGGUCUUCUGGGAAGACCUAAACCGGAUCAUAAAUGGUACGUCCUUUCCAACGGAGAACUGGUAGAUGAAGACAAAAGCGAGGCAUUGAUCGGUGCUCUGAAUCAAGAAGUUGGUAAAGCUGAUAAGAAUAGCAAGAAAUCUAUAUCUGAAUGUGUGCGUACGGCGUUAAAGUCCAACGCAACUUUAAAGAAGGAACCUCAACUAGCCAAAUCCUUCGUAGAUUGGUUUGAGAAGAACAACCAUUUGGGAGGUCAAGCUGACCCGCGACAGGGGAAGUCUCUCAAAGGCCUCGAGGAAUGCUGGGGUUGCGAGGGAGAGUUCAUGUUAAACUGGAAGGGAAAAGGCUUUAAAACACUUCUGGAUGUUUUAUUAAAUAAAUAUCCCGAUCCAUCAAAAGCAAUUCCGGUUGAGAUACUACUGAACAAAGAGGUGGAGAGUAUCAAAUGGCGGACUACACAGCCAGGACUCGAACCCGAAAACCCUCUGGUGCACGUAAAAUGUAAAGACGGCAGUCUCUACGCUGCCAAGAGUGUCAUCGUCACCCUAUCUGUUGGGGUGCUAAAAGAAAGACACAACCAACUCUUCAAUCCGCCACUACCGGCCGAAAAGGUCACAGCUAUUAACACACUUCAACUGUGUGUUUUAGACAAAAUAUACAUAGAGUUUACAAAACCAUGGUGGCCUAAAACUCCAGCUUGCUUGUCCCUUCUCUGGCGAGAUGAGGAUAAGGGAAACUUUGCUAACGAAGAAUGGGUGACAGAAAUAUGUGCAUUAAAUACUGUUGAGUACCAACCGAAUCUACUCCUAGCCUGGAUAUACGGCCGUGGCGCUCAGGAGAUGGAGAAAUGUAGUGAAGAUGAAGUGAUGGCAGGAGUCACUAAAUUGAUGGAAAUAUUUAAGAAGCAGUUCAAUGUGACACCGAUUAAAGCUAUUAAAAGAUCGCAAUGGGCAUCCAAUCCGUUAGCCCGUGGUGCCUAUUCAUACCGCAGUGUCGCCACUGAGGAAGAGGGCGGGAGUGCGGUCACUCUCAGCGAGCCUCUGUAUCACGGCGGGAAAUUCCCCGUGGUGUGUUUCGCGGGAGAGGCAACUUCCCACCAUAGACACUCGGCUGUACACGGCGCUGUUGAAGCCGGGUUUAGAGAAGCUGACAGAUUGGUCGCCAUAUUGAAAAAGAAAUGAUCGCUGUUCUAAAUUCAAACUUUAUGGCGAGACUACGAACGAUUUUACCGUGAGAUGUGUUUGACAUAUAUUGCUGUCUCUAUUUAAAAAAAAAACAUGAGAGGGAUGAUAUGCUGCCCCAACGCAUGCUUUCCUCCAUCCACAAUGGACCAUUUGAAGACAUACGCUCGCAGCUAAUAUAGAGCCGCCAUAAAGUUUGAA